GGGCGGGAGCGGGGGCGCGCACGCCGGGCGGGGGCGGACGGGACGGGCGCGUGGCCGCGGCCGUUGCUAAGGGGCCGCGCUUCGGCCGCCGUAGGUAUGGCGGGGCCGGGGCCAGGGCUAGAGCGCGGGCUCGGGAAGGGCGGGCGGGAGCCAGCGCCCCUGCUGGCCCCGGGGGAGCGGCGGGCGGCCCGGGUUCUGCUCCCGCCUCCUCCGCCGGCCCUGGGGCGAGUGGGGGGGCCGGCCAGGAGGCGGCGCGGGGCCGGGACCGGCACCAGCAGCAGCACAUCCCGGGGCGGUGGGCCAGGCUCCUCGGUCAGCCCCGCCCGCCGCCCCGGGGCCGGCACGUGGCGGCUGGAGUCCCGGGAGCGGCGUCGAGGGCCCGGCUCCGGCGGGGGGGAGCGGGAGGGGGCCGAGGAGCGACGCCGGGCGUCCCCGCCCCGCGCGGGCAGAGCUGGGCUGCGGGGCGGGCGCAGGAGCCUCCCGUGCGCUUUGGUCUCAGCCGUAGCGCCCCUCUGUGCCGCGCUGAACGCGUGCCGCAUGUUGUGGCCCAGCGGUGGGGGACGGCGUCCCGCAGCCGGCCGCUUGUUGCCUGUGUGCUCGGCCGCGGCCGCCGGCCGCUGAGUCUGAAAGGGUCCCGCUGCUCGUUUGUGUGCUUCUCGCAAAUAGUUGGGUUUGGGAGGGGAAACUGCCUCGUGGGUUAUUUAUUUGUUGUUGUUGAAUUCCCUUGGGUUAAUUUGGCCUGUGCUCUGUUCCCAGCGCUGCAGGGCCGUUAAGCUGGGGUAAAGAUGAUGUCUGUGGGAACUGAAAGUUAUGGAAACGAUACAGUCGUGUUACUGUUUGUAAAUCCCUUUGUUUACGGAUCUCUUUGUUUACAAAAUAAAUCAGUGAGUGUAACCAGUAGUGAGCCUUUAAGCACUGUGUGAUAGCGGGCUCGAGAUGUAGAAGGUAUUGUGGGUCUUAAAGAAGCGAUGCAGUAAAGCAGCAGUGCUUCACAGCCCCUGGCACCUUGUGCUGACAGCACCUGCGUACUCCACUAGUGGAAAGCUUAAGGCAAAAGGAAGGAGGAUCACUACAAUGUCUCCUGAAGUUGCCUUGAACAGAAUUUCUCCUGCUCUUUCACCAUUCAUUUCGAGCGUGGUGAGAAAUGGAAAAGUAGGCCUGGAUGCUACUAAUUGUUUACGAAUUACAGACCUGAAAUCUGGCUGUACGUCCUUGACACCUGGACCUAGCUGUGAUCGGUUUAAGCUGCAUAUUCCUUAUGCUGGAGAAACACUCAAAUGGGAUAUAAUAUUCAAUGCUCACUAUCCUGACCUGCCACCGGAUUUUAUCUUUGGAGAGGAUGCUGAAUUUUUGCCAGAUCCUUCUGCCUUGCAUAAUUUGGCUUCUUGGAAUCCUUCAAAUCCUGAAUGCCUCCUGCUUGUUGUGAAAGAGCUUGUGCAACAGUAUCAUCAAUUUCAGUGCAGCCGAUUACGUGAGAGCUCACGUCUCAUGUUUGAAUAUCAGACUUUACUUGAAGAGCCCCAGUAUGGAGAAAAUAUGGAAAUCUAUGCUGGCAAAAAGAAUAACUGGACUGGUGAAUUCUCAGCUCGCUUCCUCUUGAAGUUGCCUGUAGAUUUCAGCAAUAUUCCUACAUAUCUUCUCAAGGAUGUGAAUGAAGAUCCUGGAGAAGAUGUUGCACUUCUCUCUGUUAGCUUUGAGGAUGCAGAAGCUACUCAGGUUUUUCCUAAGCUGUAUCUGUCUCCACGCAUUGAACAUGCGCUUGGAGGAUCGUCUGCCCUUCACAUCCCAGCCUUUCCGGGUGGAGGUUGUCUAAUCGACUAUGUACCCCAAGUAUGCCAGUUACUAACAAACAAGGUACAAUAUGUUAUUCAGGGAUACCAUAAGAGAAGAGAGUACAUCGCAGCCUUCCUGAGUCACUUUGGAACUGGCGUAGUGGAAUAUGAUGCAGAAGGCUUCACUAAGCUUACUCUGUUGCUGAUGUGGAAAGAUUUUUGCUUCCUUGUUCACAUUGACCUACCCCUGUACUUUCCUCGAGACCAACCAACCCUAACCUUUCAGUCCGUCUACCACUUCACUAACAGUGGGCAGCUGUACUCCCAGGCCCAGAAGAAUUACCCGUAUAGUCCACGCUGGGAUGGCAACGAAAUGGCCAAGAGAGCAAAGGCAUAUUUCAAAACAUUUGUCCCUCAGUUCCAGGAGGCUGCAUUUGCUAAUGGAAAGCUUUAGGUAACCUCGGGCACUGAGGUGAUACUGGACAGAUUCUUCGGUCUACGCAUGUCAGCACUCAAGUAUUCCUGGAGAUGGGCUGGACUGGCUUGAUACUUUCUAGCCUCCUCAGUAGUUUUGAUAGCUUCGUGUUUUGCCUGAUUUAUGAAACAAUGACCUCAGCUAGCACGCUCAAAACCGAGUAUUUCAUAUUCAUUGACUCCCUUUGCCUCUGCCUCCUCCAUUCCUUUAUGUAUCUACUGGAUUAAAUUUAAAACUGUGUGUUUUGAUGUGGUAACAUUUUCUUGUGCCAACAGUGUCCUAUAUGUUAUGCCUUGUUUGCUUAUCUUCAGAUGGUGUUAAUUGGAUUCUUUUUUCUAUGGAAAUAUUGUGAAAUUUGUCCGUUCAGUUAACAUUUCCAGCUUAUCCUAAGAAGAUAUAGUACUGCCGUAUAUACCAGAAAUGCCUAAUGGACUGUACAGUGCCAUAUUCUGCCUUGGCUGUUUGCAUCUCACUGUGGUUUUUAUUCUCACAGGUAUGGAUAUGAGUUGCACAGUUCAAUUCUCAGUGCCUUUCAAGUGGGUCUGAUAUUAAUAUGGCAGGGUUUUGGAGGGUUUUUUUAUAUUUCAGUUGAAAGCUCAUCUUAUAUUAAAUGCUGUGCUUUUAUGAUUUGUUUUUAUUUCCAGUUGCACACUUUCAGUGUUUUUCUAAUGAACUCCCUAUGCUUUUAUGAAAAAGUUGUAGUGCUCCAGUACAAAUGCUCAAAGAGCUCAUUCUAUCCAUCAGUAUAACAAAAUAAUGCUCUUCUGAAGACCUAUAAUUUUUCCAAGUAAGACAAAUAUUGCUACGAAGCAAACUUGCAACAAAUGAAUGAAAUACGUCUUGGAAAGUAACUGAUGGAAUAACGUGGAGUUAUAUAUAUUUAGCCUAAUGCCUAAUCGCAACGUUUUCUCAGAAAUAAUUUUAAGUGUAUAUAACUGGAAGCAUUACCUCCCCUAACUCUGAAAUGCCAAAUACAGAAUUCCACCUAUUCAUCCUUUCUUUCAUGCUUGUGUCAGGCGCACCAGUUAGGGCUAGCAGUCACCGUGUCACUUCCCAAAUUGAUCUGUAAAUAGACAUGGGGGCUUUCCAGUAAGGAAUGAAAUUAACAGUCUGUGUUCCUUAUAAAUGGCGCAUGGAAAAUGUGCCCUACUUCUGCUAAAUAUAAGGAACCGAAUGAAUGAUAUGCGGAUGAUACAGUGGCACUGAAGAACAUUUAAUUUCAAAUUGUUCACCUUAUCACCACUAUCCACUCAUGUAAUGGAAUCUCAUCCAAUUAAUUGAUUGGCAGUGUUCUCCUACCCUUUCUAAAACUUGUUAUUUUAUAUUAAAAUGAGCGCUUUCCAGUGGAAUGUCCACCUAGGGGACGUAGGUGGGUUCUGAGCAGUGAGGCUUGGUAAUUAAUAAUUAUGCAAAUAAUUUGCCUCUAGAAACUACAGGUAUUUUUAGCUAUUUUAUAGGGAAAAUUGUAGUUUAAUACUGAAGUUCUUGGCUGGAAUUUAAGCUGCAAACAAAAUUAGAGGCAUUACUGCAAAGGGGGGCAUGUUCUGUCCUGCGACCCAUCUCCGUGUGAUUGCCGCAUUAUCUGAGGGCUGUAAACAGCUCCAAAGGUCUGAGCUGAAUUCUCCCCGUGGAGACAUUGCAUUAGGCUUUUGCAUGCAAACCAAGACGUAGAGCAGACGUGGAGGGCAAUGGUUUUAUGUGUCGAGCAAAACUGUAACUGAACAGCCUUAAAGGACUGAAAAUAGACAUUGUUUGGUAUGUUGGGACAAUCUCAGACCUGCAUUUCUUCAGAUAAAAAUCAAAGUCUCACACACAUACUUGGGAAUAAGCUAACUCUUGUGAAUGGGAAGGGAGGAGGACGAUGGCUAAUGAAAAGCAUUUGUUCUCACAACGUUCAGAAUCCCAUAGAAACAAUCUCUGCUGCAUUCAAGGAAAAAAAAGAAGCAGCCUCGAGUUGAAUCUGUAGAUCCCUGGAACCUGACAUUUUAUAGCACUGUAUUUGAUUCGGUGUCACGCUGACCACCCCAUGAACACAGUGUUUGCUCGAUACAUCAAAUUGCCUGAGGGGCUCAGGUACUUCUAAAAUCUUUUCAGAGCUUACCCUGAUGCUUUCAGGGGCCAGCAAUUGCAAGGUGUUUCUGAAGGAGUUCUGCUCUUCAGAAGUAAUGCGCAUUUUCAACCAAAAAAAUGCUCCCUUCACCCCAGCCUAAGAAUUCUGGACAAAGGACUGCUUUCUUACUGAGGCCUACACGUUCCACAAACCGCGUAAGGGAGGACUUUGAAGAUAGAAGAAGCCUCAAUCAACAAUUCUUUAUGUUACUCCAUAACGCCAUACCAACUUUUCACUAACAUACAUGGAAAUGAGCCAAUGCUUUCAGUUUAAUUUUACCUCAUCCUACAACUGGUAGGUUAAGUAGAAGAGUUGAGAGACUGAAGUGUUUCUGUGUGAGAUAAAGCCUGCAAACCUAUCAGUUUUCAGGUUAGAAUAAAGGCAUUUUCCUUGCACUUGGUGAACUUGUUCUUAUUUCCAAGUCAUCCUGCACGCUUCGAUGCACGUGGUGGCUUAUGGAGCUCUUCCUGGUGGUUCUCAGAGAACUGUUCUGUGGGGGUUAGCAUUACAGGUGGAGGUAUCAGGAGGAAAGACAUGGAAAUGGGUGAGCUCUUCUGUUUGGAAGGAAGAUUACGUGUAAGUAUUAAAUCAGAAACGAGAGCUGGUUUGAAUAAUUUUAUAUCAGAUAAAAAAUAUAUUGGAGCAAUUUAAGUUAGCCACAGGAGGUGUAAUCUAAUAGGUCAGGGUUAACUCCGAUAGCUCCUGUUUUAUGAUAAUAUCUAUUAUGGACAGUAGAGAAAGCACGAGACUUCCAGCUCUUGCUUUACUAUUUUGUGAAAAAAGCCAUUGGAAGGUGCUGGUUCGUGUGAUUUAUGAGAGCAACACACAGGAGAAAAAUGGCAGUGUUAUAACCAUGUUGAAGAGCCUCUGUUCUACUCUGUCAUGAUUUUAACUGAGAGAAGGUAAUAAGCCUGUAUUUACUGUUCCCCAUCAGUGCGUGAUUCUGACUGUCCUUGAAAUGCAAACUUAAGAGUCAAGACUGUUCAUCUGCGUGCAUAGCAUCCAUUGUGCUAGAAGUAAUACCAAACCUUACAGAAGCAAAGUUAGAUUAUUUUGUGAACUUGCUGAAAAGACUGGACAAGCAGCUGGAAGAAUAAAUAAAAGUUAACUGUAUUUUGUGUA